GCCUAGCAUAUCUACUUUGCUUGUGCUAUCAGCGUCUUUGUUGGAAACUUUUGCCAAUUUAAAGUGUCCUUCUCUACCUCAACUGCUACGACAUGGCGGGAAACUUCUGGCAAAGUUCUCAUUAUUUGCAGUGGGUUUUGGACAAACAGGAUCUGAUGAAAGAGCGGCAGAAGGAUCUGAAGUUUCUCUCAGAAGAGGAGUACUGGAAGCUGCAGAUUUUCUUUGCCAAUGUGAUCCAGGCUUUGGGGGAACACCUGAAGCUGCGGCAGCAGGUCAUCGCCACUGCAACUGUUUACUUCAAACGCUUCUAUGCCAGGUAUUCCCUGAAAAGUAUCGAUCCAGUGCUCAUGGCUCCUACCUGUGUUUUCCUGGCUUCUAAAGUUGAGGAAUUUGGAGUUGUGUCAAAUACCAGGCUGAUCUCUGCAGCAACAUCUGUGUUGAAAACAAGAUUUUCCUACGCCUUUCCGAAGGAGUUUCCUUACAGAAUGAAUCAUAUAUUAGAAUGUGAAUUCUACCUGCUGGAGUUGAUGGACUGCUGCCUGAUAGUGUACCACCCUUACAGACCACUGUUGCAGUAUGUGCAGGACAUGGGACAGGAGGACAUGUUGCUGCCUCUGGCCUGGCGAAUAGUGAAUGACACAUACAGGACGGAUCUGUGUCUGCUCUACCCUCCCUUCAUGAUCGCCUUGGCCUGUCUGCAUGUCGCCUGUGUGGUUCAGCAGAAAGAUGCCCGGCAGUGGUUUGCAGAGCUCUCUGUUGACAUGGACAAAAUCCUGGAGAUCAUCCGUGUCAUUCUGAAGCUCUACGACCAGUGGAAAAAUUUCGAUGACAGAAAGGAGAUAGCUGCUGUGCUAAACAAGAUGCCAAAACCCAAACCUCCUCCGAACAGUGAGAGCGACCAGAGCUCCAAUGGGAACCAAAGUAACUCCUACAGCCAGUCUUAGCGUUGCGUCUGUAUUUCCGUGGGAGUCCAUAAUGUUGAUACAAUGAGGGGUGAAUCUUUUUUUAAAAUGUCACACAGCAUGACCUUUGUGACGUCUGCUGGAAAAAAAAAAAUCACAUUCCAGCUUAACGAUAUCUUCGACCAACACCCCAAACAAACUGUCAGAGCCACGUCUUCAUUUUUCUCCCGUCAUUAUGGGUUUCUGGAUUGAGAGAGCAGCCACUGACGUGUUUCUGACGAGGCUCUGUACUGUGCUCCAGACUUGAAACGAACUAAAAACUGAGGAACAUGUGGAGGGGAGGGGAGAGGGCAGCUGUGGGGAAAACUGAUAGAGCAGAUGUGACGCUUCAGUAGAAACCUGCUUUAAUGUCGUGACGAUCCUGAUGAUCCUUGAACAGCCCAGAGGAGCGAGUCUUUCAUGUGGAGCUCCGUGGGACUCGAGAAAACUUGAUCACAAGUACUGUGUGUGUUGUGUGUGUUGUGUGUGUCUCUGUGUGUCUGUAUGUGUGUGUGUGUGUGUGUGUGUGUGUGUGUGUGUGUACACACACAAUAUGAGUGACCAGUCUGGGUGGUUUUUCAUUCCUCAGGGACUAUAGUAGUCUUCUCUGUAGUAUGAUCUGAUCAGUGCAGAUCUGAUUGGACAUCGCCCAGUGCAACUGCAACUGAGGCUCCUGCUUAUGACAGAAAUUAACUCUUUGAAUACAAGAAUAUACUGUUUGAAUCAUGACAACUCCUCCCUCCCAUUCCCUCCUCCCUUUUGUAAAUAGCCUUAUAAUUCUAUUCAUCUAUUUUAUCUUUCUUGUUUUUGAUUAGUUAAUGAAACUUAAAGAAAUACUUCAACCCCCCAAAAUAACCAUUUGGAUAGCAGUUAUUCAGUGUUGAAUUUGUGAAGAAUACUUUGUUUUUGUUGCUGGCCUUCAUGGUGAACAAAGAAUCCAAAAUCAGA